UUCAGUCGCUCGCGACACGUGUGUGCGGCUUGUCAGAGAAGCUUUGACAGCAGGAGGAAGUUGAGGACGGGUGAGAUCUGUGCGGUGGCUUGUAUUCGAAAAUUAUCGUGAAACACAAAAGCGGGGGCAGUCUCGAUAAGGGAAAACGAAGUGCGCGAAUGCCAUCACUUCGGAUUUUAAUGAAAUAAUAGAAAUAGAAAAAGACAGACCCGCGCAUAUCAUUGACAUAUCUCGCGUGCCAAGUUAAUCUUCAAGGAUGAUCUCUGCGUGGAAAGCGUGUUGUGGCCGACUACCACAACGAUGGGUGUUCGCAUUAAUGGGAUUUCUGGCAAUCCUCAACGCAUAUACUAUGAGAGUCUGUCUCUCGAUCACUAUCACGGAAAUGGCAUAUCCAAUACAUAUCGAUUACAAAGAUGAUACUUGUCCGUAUAAUACGACGAACAAUAAAAACGAAAAUGACGCAAAAGAUGCCCAACGCUAUGACUGGGACGAACACACGCAGGGUCUCAUUCUCUCGUCCUUCUACUGGGGCUACGUUCUUACGCAUCUGCCAGGAGGAAUACUGGCCGAAAAGUUCGGUGGCAAGUAUUCCCUCGGUCUUGGCAUUCUCUCGACAGCAAUCUUCACCCUGUUGACACCGGUAGUGGUCGAAUGGGGCGAUUGGAUCGGCCUGAUGGUAUUGCGAAUCUUCAUGGGCCUCGGCGAGGGCACGACCUUUCCAGCAUUGAACGCAAUGUUGGCACAAUGGACGCCACCGGAGGAGAGAUCGAUGAUCGGCUCGAUGGUGUUUGCCGGUGCCCAGCUCGGCACGGUACUGGCCAAUCUAUUAUCCGGCCUAAUCCUACAUUCCUACAGCUGGCCCGCGGUUUUCUACGUGUUCGGCGGAAUCGGCGUGCUGUGGUUCCUCGUGUGGGUGCUGAUCUGUUACAACAAUCCGUAUGAGCAUCCAUUCAUUUCUGAGCGCGAGAAGAAAUACCUGCACGAACGUAUGAACGAGCACACCCACGCGAAACCGCCGCCCGUACCCUGGCGUCAUAUGCUACGCUCAGUGCCGAUCUGGGCGCUGAUCGCAGCCCAAGUCGGUCACGACUGGGGCUUCUUCACCUUGGUCACCGAUCUCCCUAAAUACAUGAGCAGCGUGCUUCACUAUUCUAUCAAGAACAACGGCUUGGUCUCGUCGUUGCCCUACCUCAUCAUGUGGUUCUGCAGUAUAGCAUCGUCCUGGCUGGCCGAUUGGAUAAUUACCAGGCGCAUCAUGUCGCGCACCAACGUGCGAAAACUCGGUACCACUAUCGCCUCGCUGGGCCCGGGUGUCUUCAUCAUCGGCGCCUCGUACGCUUCAUGCGACAGAACGUUGGUGGUGGCCAUGUUCACCAUCGGCAUGGCUAUGAUGGGCACAUUCUAUCCUGGAAUGAAAGUCAACGGGCUGGAUCUUAGUCCCAAUUACUCCGGCACUUUGAUGGCGCUGGUAAACGGGAUAGGUGCCUUUACCGGUAUAAUUACGCCAUACAUUGUCGGCGUGUUGGCGCCCGAACAAACACUCGGCCAAUGGCGGGUCGUCUUCUGGAUCGUCCUGUGUUUCUUUAUCGUGACGAAUCUAAUCUUCGUUCUGUACGCCAGCGGCGAGGUUCAAUACUGGAACGAUCCCGAGUUUGUUAUACGAGAUCGGGAGGAGAGGCGACUGCGGGAGACGGGCAAGCAGACGCCUCCGAAAAAAUCAUGAAAGCCUUAUUCUCGGUGCAGUGCCUCACAAAGUUAAACAAAGUUAAAGUUGUUAAGCGCUUAACGAAACAGUUGAGCUUUUUUUUUCCGAAAAAAGAGAUCUCGUGCAGAUAUCCUAGAUAUCGUUUUUUUUUUUUCGAUAAGCGUAAGUUCCGUCUAUCGUUUCUCCAUGUUCUUCGACAAGGAUUUCAUAUCGCAGUUGCAUGACGAUGAGAUGAUAGAUGAAAAAGACGUAUGGUUGUGUUCACUCUCGCACCUAAUCCUUGAAUAAUAAUUCAAGCGUUAAGUUCGCACGGCUCUGGAUGCCGCAAAUUGCGAAUGUGUAUUAAUCAACAUCGCAAUGCGACUUUUACGCAAGUACGCAGAUUUUGUAGUGAAAGGAGGAAUUGUAAAUUAAAAACGAUGGACAAAUAAUGCAUUGUACAUAUUGUGGAGAUUUUCUAUAAUUUAAAAAGAGAUUAAAUAAAUUUAUAGUAAAGUUUAAUUUAAUUAAUUAAAAUAAUAUGUUAAUUGUAUACAUAAAUCGUCAAUAUAUCAUCAUUUCGCCAUCGUCGCGAAGAAAAUUAAAAUAUCAUCGAGCUCUUCAGAAAUCUCUGAAAAUUCUUAGGAAAAUCUUAUUGUGAAAGAACAAUUGAUCAUGUAUUUGUCAUAUAUAUUGAGCCAUUUAAACAUAUCAGACGCAGUUACUAUUCAAGAGCCCAGAAUAUACAAACGAAAAUAGCUGGUCUCAGAAAUAAACAUAUAUUUGAUUAGCUUAUCAAUUUUCUAGCAAUUUUCUUCUUCGCUUUAUAAAUUUCAUUUGACAUAUAAUGUACAUAAUAAAUAUAUAAUCUUAUUUAUUAUGAGAUUAUAUACAAAAUACAUUAUAAAAUGUUGUUUCAUAUCAUUGAUUAAACAACUCAAAUUCCGAUAAAAUUUGUCGAAGACAAAUCGUUAAAAAACUAGAUAAUAUGCAUUUUUUUCUUUUCUUUCUUCGUAAUCACGUUAAUCGCGUUACAUAUAAUUAUAGAUGCUCAAAUUCCAUUUGUCGUAUUGUUAUAAUUCUUUGCUGUCACAAGUGCAAAAAUGCACUUUAUACAAAAGCGUGCGAUAAUUUGCACGUUUCUUUUUAAUAUCAAUUUAUUCAACUUUUACAUAUAUGUAUACACACACACACACACAAACUCCGUGCUAAUUGUAAGGAACAGAUGAAUGUAGUUUCUGUGAUUGUAGUUCUGAUACCAAUUCUGAGAGACUUAUAUCUCACUGUUUAAUAAUUCACAGAUUACGUUCGCAGAAGAGAUAUCUGAAAUAAAUGAACUCUCUGCUGA